GUGAAAAAAGGGCUCGCGAGAUGAUAAACGGAUAUAUCUCCGUGAUGUGUGAAGAUGACUCUGAUGAUAUGUCUGGGGACAAUGAGUAUAUGAGUAGAAAGGAUGAAGAAGCGCCACUGAUAGAAAAGCAACGGCGUGAAGCCAAAAAGAGGGAACUCAUUGGAGCUAGAGAAUUGGGGAAGUACUUGAAGAACAACCCGUUGAAUAAGAAAUCUUUUACAUCGGAUAUUGAAAGAUACAGUAGCAUCUAUGUUUUCUCUUUCGGUUAUGCAAAACUAGAAAGCUCCCGGUACAAGAAGUUCAUCAAAUCCCUCAACGGCGAUAAUUCGUACAAGGUUUAUUUUGGACGUAAUAAAUCUUUGUCAAAGAUUGUUGGACUGGUCUCUGAAGAAAAGUUCUAUGAACUCAAACCUGGAGACCCAGAUAUGGAACAACUAAAGAAUUGCGACCUGGUCUCCAUAAAAUUGGAAGUAUGCUUUUUAAUUACGAUGAUGCCGGUGUUCUUUUAACUGAAAAAACAAAAGAUGAAGUACUCAGGAAGUUUAAGCAAUACAGCGAAUGCGACUUUGUAAAGGCAGGCCAGACACCAAAGGACACGCUGAUGUUUCAGAAAGAUGAGUGUCUGACUUUACCUCCCCGUUCAGAUGCAAGGAAUUUGUAUCUCAAACUGAAGGAAUUAGGCAUGCCGAUUAAACUCAGUGGCGGGGUCAUUAAGCUGACCGAUACAUGUUGUGUGUGUGAAGCAGGAGUACUAGUAACAGAGAAUGCCACUAAAAUUCUGAAACUUCUCCACAAAAAGAUGUUUAAUUAUGUCUUUGUGCCUUUGUGCUGCUGGAGUGCCUCCACUGGAGAAACUGAAUAUUUUCGUUUGGACCUGCCUAAGAGGCGGUGAAUCAAGGAUCUCAGCAUCUUUAUAAGCAGCUAAGUAGGUAGAUGUUUCAUAUGAGGAUCAUGUCAAGGGUGUUCACUCUGUGUUGAAGCUAAAUUAAGAACAUUUUCAGGUAUCUCAUGUUUUGUCGUGACAAUGUUUUUAAGAUGACAUGCCAAGAUGUUUUUUUUCUCAUGUUUAUUGUGACAUAUUCCAAGUCGGUUAGAUUAUUCAAAUGUUAAGUUGGGUCACUAUGUUUA